ACGCUAUAUUUGUGCUAGUGAUGGGAUUAAAGGAAGUUUACAUCAAAAAGUUUUUAUCUCGUUGGGUGACAUGUGUGACUAAUGUGAGAUGACACAUUGAGAAAACGAAGAUAAAAAAGUAUUAUAUUUUUUUAUUUCAUGCUUCAUUUGACAAAAUGGUUGAUUAAAGACUCUUGACAACUUUAUUUUAUGAGGGGUACUAUGUAGGUUAUUUGUUUGCACUUAACCUAGAAUUAAAGGAGACAUGAAUUUAAUUCGUUUCUUUAUCAUUGCAAAGUUAUGAAAGGAAAUGAGAAAAAAGUACAGGAUUAAAUGCGAAGUGAAACUGAAAAAAGUGUACUAGGUCAUGAAGUCGUUUAGCUAUUAACCUGUAAACCUUGAAUCGAUUGUUUAAAACUUUUGUCACUUUCUUGGAAUUGGGUGAGGGAAAAGGUUAUUGCAUGUGGGAGUUGUUACAAGGAUAAAUUAAGCUUGUUUCCCACAAAUAAACCAAUAUUAAAUGAAGAAUCAAGCAAAAAAGUUGGAAAGUUCUUUCUUAACCCUCAAUAAACUAUUUUAACGAAAUAAAUUUUACUUUUCAGAAACACACAAAAAAGAAAAAAAAAAACUUAUAAAAAAGAAGAAAAAACUAAAAUCUUGCCUACCAUGGAAGAAAAACAUCAUAAUCUUAGCCAUUAAAUCAAUCAACUUAAAUCGUUUAAAUAAUACUGAACAAAAACGGAAAAUCUUAAGCAAUACAAAAUUUAAAUAGAAACAAAAAUGACGGCAAUGCCUGUAGUUUGGUGCACUGAUCCAAACUCAGUGAACAAUAAGCCAACAGCAUUUGCACUACAUGGCAUUCAAUUGCAAGGCAAUGUUACUGAAAAACAAGUUCUUGCCCUAAAAGAGCUGGUAAAUGCUGCUGCCGAAGGUCGCUUAAUUCUACCUUCCGAUGGUACAUUUGUCUUACUCGAUAGUGGUAUAAGUAUUGAAAGUUCAAUUGUUGCUUCGAAAAAAUUAGCAGCUGAUUCAACAAAUGAUGGAAAUGAUAAAGAGAAUAUUGACUUGGCAUCGGCGGAACAGAAAACUGGUCCUACUUUGCCACAAAAACCAAAUAAAAACACUUACAUCCUCAUGCCGGUGACAUCGUCUAAUAUCGAUCAGUCAUCAUCACCAUCCAGUUCGUCGUCAUCAACAAAUUUAUCGAAAAAACCUCCCGAUUUAGAGCCAAAAUACUCAUCGGAUGGUUGUUGUGAUAAUGCUGGCAUGGAAACUAACAGCACAGAUGAUAUCCUUUAUGAGUUCCUCUGUUGUGCCAAAUGUAUGAAUGACAAUUAUUCACGAUGUCCUACAAAUUCAUCGAAUUCAUCGACAAAGAUGAAUUCGGCAAUAAUGCUUCAGAGAUAUUUAAAAACCUGUUCGAGAUCGUGUAAAAAUGAUCAAGAACAUGAUCCAAUUUACACUAUUGCCAAUAAAUACAGUAAACAACGUCAGAAACGUCAUUUGAAUAUCGCCCUAGCUCGAAAUAAACAAAAAAUCGGAAAAAGUACUACCCAGCUGAAGUUUCAUAUGCAUAAUGGUAAGGUCUUGCAUCAUCAGCAUCAUAGUGCUGGACUUAGUUCACCUCCAAUUUAUGCAACUGUCAAUAAGCAAUUCAAACCUGAUACUGUUAUCGAAACGCCAUGUCAAAGGUGCAACAACCAAAGUGAUAUCGAUAAAAUUAUCUUUACUAUCGAAGAAGAUGCCACGAUCAGUAAUAAUGAUGGUCAACCAAUCUGUGAUAACAAUGAGACUGUUAAUCCAUCAAAUGAUGUACAACAACAACAACAACAACAACCUGACUUGAUCAUAUUCGAUGAUGACGAUACGAGUACGGUACAAGUUCCGAUAACCGAAGAAGAACAUAUCCUCUCUGAAAGUAUCAGUCGAUUGGUAACUAUCGAUGAAGAAGAAAAACCUACCGAUAACACUAGCAAUGGUUCUAGUCGAAAGACAAGCUUUGACUCAACCUGCACGAUCAGUUCAAUGGACUCUGGAUUCAUUGAAAUGCAAAAUCGUAUCGAUCAACAAAAUAUGCAUCCUCCGCUGUCAAGUGUUUUUGACGGACGACUGCAAAUGAAUAACGAUAUCCAAGCUUCUAUUGAAAACCUCGAAGAUAAGGGUGAAAAGAUCGCUCGACUGAACUAUAAAGAAUGUCUGACACAAUCUCGCAAUCGCCGAAAGUCUUAUGAAGAAUUCAAGGCCAUAUUCUCAAGUGCCACAGCUUCACCAUCAUCAGCUGCCAUGGUGAAAGAAACAACAACAGAAAAAUUAGAAAAACCAGCUUCACGUCGACGAUCAUAUCAAGAAUUUCGAUCAAUGUUUGCUCCUGAUCUUGCUCCACUCAAUUCUGGUCCAUCGUCGUCUAGCAAUCAUCAUUUGGAAUCGAUUCUUGAACAACAAAGUAAAUGUCCCAUCACUACACCAACAAGUUUCGAUGACAAAGAAAAUAAUCGUGCCACUAAUAUCGAAGUACAUUCACCAUCAUCACAAUCAACAUCCGGAAUAAUGAUGGAAAAGAGAAAUGCAAAAUUUGUAUCUAAAGAAACCGAAACCACAAUUUUGCGUAAGAAUUCCGAUUUCCUUUCAAAGAUUCUUGAUCAUAAUUUGAUAUCGAACGAUAAAGAAAAGGCACGCAUUCGACGAAAGUCCUAUGAAGAAUUUAAAAAACUUGUCAGAGAAUGUGAGAACUUUGAUAAUGCCGCCACUGCUGCCAAUGUGACCACAACAGAAGGAGCAGCAGCGUCCCCAUUUAAAAGGCAAAAUUCACGUCAAAGAAAAACCGCAUCAUUUCUCAUGCGAAGAAAUCCAUCAUCAACAACAACAUCGAAAGAAAUCGAACAACGUACAACAGAUGUCCACAAUUUGAAAGCGAUUAUCUCUAAAUUAGAUUCAGACAUGGAAGCAGCUGGAAAAGUUCUUUCCAAAUCAGAUGCCUAUAAGAGAAAUUUUAAAAUCUAUGACAAACUUGUGUAUGGUACAAUUUACGAUAUAAUUCAACGUAAAAAUGACAUUUACAAUUUGACAUAUCAAAAAUAUGACAAGUAUAUGACAUAUGGAACGAUUUAUGAGAUUUUACAUCGUAAAACAUCACAAUCGGAUUUAUUUGAUCGUAAAAGUUUGACAGCCAUAUCGGAGAAGGGUGAGAAAAAGAGAGAGGAGAUGAAGAAAACUCCAGGAAUGAUUUACGAUAUUAUUCAAAUGCAUCAAAAACAACAGCAAAAAGAGGAAGAUAACAGUCCUUCUAGUACAAUUGGAUCAGUGAUGCCACCUCUCAAAAAGUAUGGUACGAUUUAUGAUAUCAUUCGAGAAGGUGAAGCCAUAGAUAAACCAUCAAAAUUGUCAAAAAAUCGAUUCUCUGUUAGUAAAAUCGAUGAAUCAAAUGUCAUUUUGGAAGCAACUGUAACUGACAGUUCGACGCCAUCUGUAAUUCCUGCUAAAAUUAUCGAUGACUACACCGAACCAAAAGUACUUAAAGCAAAGAAACCUACAAGAAUGCGUCGAUUUUCAAAUAUUCUUGCCUACAAGUCAUCAUCGUCGCCAUCAACAGCAGUCUCUCAAACUGUAGCUAUCAAAAAUCAUCCAGUUAUCGAUGAAACUAUGAUUGAAGAGGCUCCUAAAAUCGAUUCCAUCCUCGAGGAAUCGAUCAAGACUGAUACAUUUUCGAAUGUUAAUCUCAUGGCUUUAGAUAGUGAUGAGCUGUACUCCCGCAUUAAUAAAGAUCGAUUUGAUUUAACCCGAAGUGGUCACAUGAUUAAAUCGACAUCUUUAGAUGCAAUUUCAACAUCCGUGGCAAUAUCACCACCAUGCUCUCCAAAAAUCCCUGCCAAACAUAAUUUAAAGUUACUAAACCAUCAUCAGCAGCAGCAUCAGCAAAAGAGGUUAUCGAAGAAACUAUCAAUCGAUAACAGUGAAAUAAGUCCAAUUCAUAGACAGCGACAUUAUACACAGCAAAACUAUUGCAAGGGACACGUGCCAUGCCUUUUAAAUGACAAUCUCCUCCUACGCACUGACCCAGAGCAACAACUUUCUGUUAUUGACAGCAGCAGUAGCAAUACAAUGACAGUUAAUGCCAACAUUUUGCCACCAACAUUUGUGCCAUCAUCCACAUCAACAUCAUUAUCAACGAAACAAUUUGAAAGUGAUUGUGAUUGUUCAAUCGUUAAAACGUCAAAUCCAUUGACAGUUGUACCAUCAUCAUCAUCAAAUACAUCAAUGAUGUUGGGCAAUAAUGCAACUUCAUCAUCAAAUCAACAACAACAGCCAAUAUUAGUCAGUGUACACCACCACCAUCAUCAUCAUCAUAGUCGAAAUAAUAGUGUUGAUAGCAAUUGCAAUUCAAUGACAGUUAAUAAUGGCAGUAGUAGUGGCAAUAAUUUGUUAAUCGAUAACAAUAAAAUCGAUAAAAAAUACAAACAAAGUGCCGGUAAUCCUGCUGGAACAGCAGGAGUAACAUCAUCACCUUGUUCAUGUCAAUGUACUAUUUCUGGUGGCACAAAUAAUGGCAGCAACAAUAAUCCACCAAAGAGUGGCAGAACAACGAAAAAAGGCAAAUCGCGAAGACUUUCCGAAUUUACGAGAGGUGAAUUUUUAAAUGAAAAAUCAUGGUAUUUCCGAAAGAUCAAACGCAUCGAGGCUGAAAAGAAAUUACUGUUACCCGAAAAUGAACAUGGAGCAUUUUUGAUCAGAGAUUCAGAGAGCCGACAUAAUGACUAUUCGUUAUCUGUACGAGAUGGCGACACAGUGAAACAUUACCGCAUUAGACAAUUAGACGAAGGCGGUUUCUUCAUUGCACGACGAACAACUUUUAGGACUCUACAAGAACUUGUUGAACAUUACUCAAAGGAUUCCGAUGGAUUGUGCGUCAAUCUAUGCAAACCAUGUGUUCAGAUUGAAAAACCCGUCACUGAAGGCUUAUCACAUAGAACCCGCGAUCAAUGGGAAAUCGAUAGAACCUCCUUGAAGUUUGUACGUAAACUUGGCUCCGGUCAAUUUGGUGAAGUAUGGGAAGGUUUGUGGAACAACACCACACCGGUGGCUAUCAAGACUUUAAAAUCUGGUACAAUGGACCCUAAAGACUUUUUGGCUGAAGCUCAAAUUAUGAAAAAAUUACGUCAUAAUAAAUUGAUUCAACUGUAUGCUGUAUGUACAGUAGAGGAGCCAAUUUACAUUAUAACCGAACUUAUGAAGCAUGGAUCUCUAUUGGAUUAUUUGCAAGGCAAAGGACGAACCUUAAAGAUGCCAACUCUUAUUGAUAUGGCAGCACAAAUAGCAGCCGGUAUGGCAUAUUUGGAAUCACAAAAUUAUAUACAUCGUGAUUUGGCUGCACGUAAUGUGUUAGUGGGUGAUAAUAAUAUUGUGAAGAUUGCUGAUUUCGGUUUGGCGCGGCUAAUCAAAGAAGACGAAUAUGAAGCUCGUGUUGGUGCCCGUUUCCCAAUUAAAUGGACUGCCCCCGAAGCCGCCAAUUAUAGUAAAUUCUCAAUUAAAUCUGACGUGUGGAGUUUUGGCAUUUUACUAACUGAAUUAGUUACUUAUGGACGUAUUCCAUAUCCAGGUAUGACAAAUGCUGAAGUAUUAACUCAAGUCGAGCAUGGCUAUCGUAUGCCAGUUCCACCAAAUUGUGAGUCACGUUUAUAUGAAAUUAUGCUCGAAUGUUGGCACAAAGAUCCAAUGCGUCGACCCACCUUCGAGACAUUACAAUGGAAAUUGGAAGAUUUCUAUACAUUGGAUCAAAGUGAUUACAAAGAAGCUCAGGCUUACUGAUAAAUGCUUUAAAACAAACAA